ACGUUGUCAGUGUCUGACUGGCAACGAGCUAGGUUAGAUUAUUUGAUUAUGUACGUAAUGAGCGUGUAAAGUUACGGACAAGCUACGUGAAAAUCGGGACAAAGUGCGUGAAAAAGUACGGAUGUUAAGAUACAAGGAGAAGAGAGAAGCGAAUAUUACAUAAAAACUAAAUCAAACAAAGAAGAAGAGAAAUAGUGAUACGGGAAAAUAAUGAUGAGACCGUAGUUCUCUCUCUGGUUAUGAUAUGCUACGAUAAAAGUAUGUCGAUGUAAUAAAAGGGUAUAAUAGAAAAAUGUCGAACCAAUCUACCAACAUACAAUUGGUUACGAAAAAUCUUUUGACAAACAGGUGAAGAUGGAAGAUGAGGCUGACCUCAGGGAGCAACUCUUUCACAAUACUGUGCGAGAAAAUAUCAUAUUCCUCCUUUUGUUCCUUCUACUAUGCAUUUCAAGUUACGCACUUAUUGCAAGAUUUCGUCGAAGGGAUCGAGAAGAUUAUUUCUCAGUUGACGAAGAUGAAGCCACCGUUUAUAGGAUCAGCCUUUUGUUGUGUACAGUCGCCUUGGCAGUUUCUAUCGGGGCGACUUUGUUAUUACCCGUGUCUAUCGCAAGCAACGAGGUUCUCAUAUUGUAUCCCAAUAGCUACUACGUUAAGUGGCUCAACAGUUCUCUCAUACAAGGACUUUGGAAUCAUGUUUUCCUAUUUUCCAAUCUAUCUCUCUUCGUGUUUCUACCAUUCGCAUAUUUAUUCACGGAAUCGGAAGGGUUCUAUUAUAAAAAAGGUGUUAUGGCCAGAGUAUACGAAACCGUAACAGUCUUGUGUUUAUUGGGAACACUUGUACUUGGCAUGGCUUAUGUUUUGUCUGCUCUUAUCGAUUAUCAAAAAUCUAGUCUCCAUACAUCCUUAAAUAUAUGGAGUUAUUAUUUACCCUUCCUCUAUUCUUGCGUCUCUUUCGUUGGUGUAAUGUUAUUGUUAAUAUGUACCCCGAUUGGAUUUGUACGACUAUUCGGCGUUGUGGGCUCGUUUCUAGUAAAACCUCAGUUCCUAAAAAAUCUAGACGAAGAGUUCUUUGCAUAUAGAUUAGAAGAGGAUUGCAUUAAAAGAAGGCUCCAACAUGCAAAAGCAACGGGAAAAUCGUAUGUUUCCCCAGUACCAAUGUCUCUACCAAAUUGUAAUGCAACGGUCGAAGACGACGAACUUCUUAAUUUGAGUCCUGGCUUAAUGUGCCUGAGAAAUGGCGCUCUUCAACGUGGACUGACACAGAGAUUAGAAGAUGUUCAAAGAAAAAGAAAAAUCUUAGAUGAACAGAGGCGUACUUGGUGGGUACGAAGAACACUAUUUUAUCCUUUGGCAAUGCUCGCUCUACUUAUUCUAUCCACUGCCACGGCCUUAUUAGCGGUUCAAAAUACCUUGGAACUACUUAUCGGUAUUAAAGCUCUACCAUUGAGUACGAGGCAAUUCACAUUGGGUAUUAGUUCAUUGUCAAAACUCGGACCCAUUGGAGCUAUUGUUGAAGUCUCAGUGAUACUUUAUUUAGCUGCGACAAGUGCGAUUGGACUUUAUUCGCUUCCAGGAGUUAGACGGGUACAACCACGGCUUUGUUCCACUCCACUCACCCAUCUCAUCGCCAAUUGCGUUCUAUUACUUGUACUCAGUUCAGCGUUACCACUGCUCUCCCGAAUAUUAGGAAUGACGAACUUUGAUCUGCUGGGUGACUUUGGUCGUAUAGAAUGGCUUGGCAACUUUAAACUCGUAUUAUUGUACAAUUUAAUUUUUGCUACAGCGGCUAUCAGUUGUUUAGUUACGAAAUUUACGGCAACGGUGAGAAAAGAAAUUUAUGCAAGAUUGAGGAGUAGUUUCGUAGGUAUAUUUAAAGGAGAAGGAAAGAAGAAUUCAUCGGCGAUGUUUUCUACUAAAGAAGAAUAGACUGAUAUAUAUAUAUAUCAUAAGGAAUUAAUAACAUAAAUGUAUAUUUCUUAUUUAUUGCUUACCUAGAAGAAGAAGAAGAAGAAGAAGAAGAAGAAGAAGAAGGAGAAAAGCAAUGAAAUAUACCCCUUAUGAUAUAACGAUACAGGAAAAUUUUCUCUUGAUUUGUAUAAGAAUUGCAUAACAAGAUCAUGCAACUUCAAGAAUUUUUAAAAAUAUUUGCACUCGAUCGCAAUUAAAAUGUUAGAUUUUUAACAACGUGUCUUUCACCUAGCACUGUUUAUUUAUUAUUUCGAAAUUUCUAUAUUAGACCAAAAAAGGCAAGAAAGUGAGAAGUUUAUUAAAAUAAAUAAAAUAAUUUUGAUGUUGUCGGAGUAUA